AUGACGGAGGAGGAGGAGGAGGAGGAGGAGGAGGAGGAGGAGGAGGAAGAUCUGGACUAUUACUUGGGAGACGUGGAGGACCUGAGGGGGGAAGAUGAGGACGAGGAGGAGGAAGUGCUGGAGGAAGACGAGGAAGAAGAGCUAGACCCGAUCACCCAACUGCCUCCACCUCCAGCCCCUCGGAGGUGCUUCACUUGUCCCCAGUGUCGAAAAUGUUUUCCUCGGCGGAGCUUCUGCCCCAACCUGCAGUUGGCCAACAUGGUUCAGGUGAUUCACCAGAUGCAUCCAUCCCCUGGGCAUGAGAGUCCUGUGAACGAGCAAGGUAUCUGCCCGAGACACCAAGAAGCCCUGAAGCUCUUCUGCGAGGUGUGCCAAGAAUCCAGGAGCCACAAACAGCACAGCGUGGUGCCACUGGAGGAGGUGGUGCAGGAGUACAAGGCCAAGCUACAAGGUCAUGUGGAACCACUUAGGAAGCACCUCGAGGCUGUGCAGAAGGAGGAGAGGCGGAUGUCAGAGCUGAAAAGCCAGAUGAAAUCAGAGUUGGCAGCUGUGGCCUCAGAGUUUGGGCGCCUAACACGGUUUCUGGUUGAAGAGCAGGCAGGACUAGAGCGGCUCCUCCGAGAGAUGCAUGAAGCUCAGCUGGGAUGUGCAGGAGUAGCAGCCCACCACCUUGAAGAGCAGGCUGCCCAUCUCAGCUGCCUGCUAGCUGAAGCCCAAGAACGGAGCCAGCAGGGGGGCCUGCAGCUGCUGCAAGACAUCAAGGAAACUUUCAAUAGGUGUGAAGAGAUACAGUUGCAGCCCCCAGAGAUUUGGUCCCCUGACCCAUGCCAACCCCAUAGCCACGCCUUCCUGACAGACGCCAUUGUGGGGAAAAUGAGCCGGAUAUUUUGUCAGGCUGCAAGAGUUGAUUUGACGAUGGACCCUGACACAGCUCACCUAGCCCUUAUGUUGUCCCCUGAUCGUCGUGAGGUCCACCUGUCAGAACAUCAGCAGGAGGUUCCCGAACAUUCCAAGCGCUUCUCAACUGACUGCUGUGUACUAGGGGCCCAGGCCUUCCGCUCUGGCAGGCACUACUGGGAGGUAGAGGGGGGUGGGCGGCGAGGCUGGGCAGUGGGUGCUGCCCGUGAAUCAACCCAUCAUAAAGAAAAAGUGAGCUCUGGUGGGUCAUCUGUUAGUAGUGGGGAUGCCAGCUCCUCAUACCACCACCAUCGCCGCUGGCUCCACCUGCCUCAGCAGCUCCUGCUCCAGAGGGAAGUAUGGUGUGUGGGCACCCACGGCAAACGAUACCAGGCACAGAGCUCAACAGAGCAGACACUGCUGAGCCCAUGUGAGAAACCACAGCGCUUUGGCGUGUAUCUGGACUAUCAGGCUGGGCGCCUGGGAUUCUACAAUGCAGAUACCUUAGCCCACGUGCAUACCUUCUCAGCUGCCUUCCUUGGCGAGCGUGUCUUCCCUUUCUUCCGGGUGCUUUCUAAGGGCACCCGCAUCAAGCUCUGCCCUUGAUCAGCCUGCCACCCGCAGGGGCCCCUCCAGUGACUGGAGGGGCGGGUGGUGGUGGAUGUUUGCCCACUCACUAUGUUUGUGAGCUCAG